UGCCUUAAAAGAUAAUGCACCAGUAAAACCUGGUGGGCAAAUGUAUGGGUAUUAUACUGGAAUGUUUCAUGCUAGGCGUUCAUUCUGGAUGGAACAGGGAUUACGAGGAUUAUUUGCUGGAUACCUGUCCACACUUGCUAGGGAUGUGCCUUUUGCUGGUUUGAUGGUCAUGUUUUAUGAAGCUCUUAAGGACAUAACUAGUUAUGGAAAGCAGAAGUGGGCACCCAAUUCUAAUUACAGCAUCAGUAGUUCGUUUGAGGGACUCUUAUUAGGUGGAUUAGCUGGUGGUAAGUUCUGUAAACUUGACUCUGUGACAUCGAAUGGACUUUCACUGCAUGAUCUCCAGAUAUAACAUCCACCAAUCAGGAGAGGGGGCAGUCUUUUCAAUCAGUUUCUUUUGACAUUGUGGCAUAAUUUCCUUCAUCUCGAUUCGUGUUGGCUCGUAUAUGGGGUUCUGGCACCAGCUUGUGGAAGGAGUUGACCAGCAUAUUAAGAUUCAGCUCUGUAUUUAGCACUUCUUGGGUAACUUCAUUCACCGUGAGCAGCUGAA